UGCCACUGUGGUUUCUGCAACGCUUAGGACGCUGGAGUGUCAACCGGCUGUGCAGGGAGUCCGCCAUGAAAACUCUCCUGGUGGUUUGUGUCGCUGGAUUAGGCUUUCUGGUGGCGGCCGAGAUAUCAGAGUCAAUGUCUCGGGCUGAGGAGGCAGCUGCGAAGAUUAACCUUCCUGAGCUAUUCGAGGAAUGCAACGAGACUUUCCCCAUUCCUAAGGUUACUCUGAACUACUUUUUCUCCCACGGCAGACUGCAAAACGAGAACGACUACGUGGCUAAGUGCUACAUACACUGCCUGACGGACAGGUCCGGAGAGAUCGAUUCGGAAGGUGAUUUCGAUGUCGACCUGAUCAAAGUGAUGACUCGCCGUUUCCCUAACGAGACUAACAUCGAGGGCCUCAGUGAAAUGGUCGACAACUGCGUCGCUGGCAGAGGUGAAACUGAUUUCUGUGAAAGAGCGUACGGUCUCGUCAGCUGUUUAGUUAAAGAGAAACUGGCGAGGCUAGGAAGCUCUCACUGAGACCACACUGAGGCAACCAUCAGCGCAGCCCAUCACAGCACGCGUGGAACGCCGCCACCACCAGCGGACCACGCAUAUCAUUCUGACACUCACUGCUGCACGGCAACUGUAUUUACCCACAACGAAAUAAAGAGAUGUUAAAUGUA